ACAUGUUCUCUUGAAUUCGAAACAAAUCCACACAGUGGCCAGAUCGAAAACCAUACUGUUCUCAUGUAUCCAAAAUCCACUAAUUGGCCAUCCAAAGACUACUUUAAUCUAAUGAAACACAUUCUUCUUAGAGAAAAAAAUCUCUUUCUUUGUCAGAGAAGACACACCCACAAUCUCGUUUCCCUUUAAGUUCAGUCAAUUCGGUGCCUUAAACCCAUCCAAUUCAAUCUUGAUGUCUUGCGCUUCUUUAAACAUUGUUUACCUACGCAUGCGGAAAUGACUCCUAUAUACACAAUAUCGAUAGCAAGACUUUUUGUCUCGAGAAGCACCCAGUAGAACCGUCUAGUCACUACAUGAAUGUUUGAGCUUCAUCUUUCUCUUUCUACAUGACUGUAUGGUGCUUGAGAUAUCUUUCAAUAGUAUAAAAACUAGCUCGGUGCCCAUUUCAUUUAAGUUUAGCAAUCAAGCACCCAACAAUCAAUCACUCAUCAAUCGAUCACUCAAGAUGACCUCCCAAAAUUCCCAGAUCCCACGAACAUGCGGCAGCUGUGGCGAGAUACACAGUCCAUCGCUUUGCCAUGUUCCAUUGCAAUGUUGGCAUUGUGGCAUUGAACAUUUUUCCACCAAAGAUUUUUGCCGCAUUUGUAAUGGGUGGGUAAUACCAUCAAGCACUACAGCGACGGACGAAAUUCUAAGCAUGCCUAUUGAUUGGAAGGUAUAUUCAAUCGCAAGUACGGAUUCAAGUCAACUCAAGAGCGAGCAGUUGAAAAAUGCCGCACUUGCUAUAAAGAAUGAUCAGUACACUGCUAUCCUUUGUGCCAAAUCUCUUGAUGGACCAUACAAGGCAAAGCAGACAGCGGUAUUCUUACAUAGACCUGGAGGAGACAAGAGGCUGUCGUUUACAAAGCUGGGUCUGAGCGGUAUCCAAGCCAAUUCUAGAAGGUGGGUGGAUAUCAAACUUGCCGAUUGGACAACGUUUGAGGAAAUUGUAGGAGUGACUCCAUUACCAUCCACUUUCCCGACGCCAGAAAAUAUUGGUUCGCUAGAAGGUGACGAACAAGACACAAAUGUUGGGAGCUUCGACGGGGGUCGUUUCCCUGCUGGAUCGGGUGCUAAUUGACUAGCCUAUAUGCCAGAUCAAUAUGUGGAGGACAUACAAUACCUUAAGCGUAUGGUAGCCGUUAGCCUAUACAGCCAGUUAUAGUGUUCAGCCCACAAGUUUUCAUAUAGUUUCUCCAAGCUAUUUUUCAAUUGCUCGACGGUUUUGCCAGUGGGAGUUUGUGCUUUUGUAUACAAACUUGUUUACUUUUAUCCUUGUACAUCAGUAUCAUGAAUGUGAAUCUCAAGAUUUUCAAAGUAAUA